AUGUCUCCAGGCCUGAUUUCUACAGCAAAAAAAGACUUAAAUCUGAGUGAGCAGAGCAGUACUGUUUUUUUUUUUCAAGGGUGUUGGCUUUGCUUGCGUAAACUUCUAAAGAAACUGCUAACUGAUUCCUUGAAAUAUCAGGACUAUCGCCUUUCCGCUGACCUCCAUGUUGUUCGGUUGACACAGAAGGAAGUGCACAUAGUUGCUGUAACUUUUUACCAGCGAUCUCUUCAAAUCAACUUUCAGUGUCGAUCGGAUGAAGAUCCCUUAUUGACGAAAUACAAUGCUUCCAAAGAUAGUCAGUUUAUUUGGCAUGCUGAAUUAGCUGGUGAGAUAGUUCCUGAGGAGUGCGAAAUGAGAAGUCGAGGUAGGGAAUUUGUACUGAAAAAGCGUAAUCCUUCUGAGUGGAACUCUAGCUUGCUUCAGUGCAAUCCAACUAGCACCAUUGCACCAUACUCUUCUGGACGUUCUUGCACUACGUCACGGUCUAUAUCUUACGUGUAUUCUCACUCUUCCGAAAAUGAUAGGUUUAAUCAAACAUCGAAUCAUUAUUUACGAUCCUCUGUUUCUCGUGUUCUUCCUCCCGAUUACUCGAAUCAUACUUUCACGCAAUCUUCGUCUAAAAAUAGUUUGCCACGCUAUUCACCUACUGUACGGUCACAGUCAACUAGUUCUCUUUCUUCUAGGUGUAGACCUUAUGUUUGUUGUAGGAAAAACUUGCCUUCGACUUUCAGUAGUAGAAGUUCUAACGACUAUCGUUACACACAGUCGCCGCAUCGCCUUUCGACUCAUACAAAUAACCUUUCAGCUCAACCUGUAAAGAUACAUAGUUUCGCUAGAGAAAAACGUACUGAUCCUGGUUUCACGGGUCUUCGCAAUAUCGGCAAUACGUGUUUUAUGAAUGCGACGUUACAAAUGCUUGUUAACUGCAAGGAGUUAAAAAUUUUUUUCACUGGUAAAAAAGUUCUAAUUUCAUAUUUGUCUUUAUUGGAGAGUGCAAAGUGUUUUUCAGAGGAUGCAAUUUAUUCAAAAAAUAUCAAUAAAACCAAUCCACUUGGUUUUCAUGGAAGGUUGGCAGAUGCAUUUGCAAAAUUUAUGAAAGAAAUGUGGAGUGGAUUGAAUCAAAGUUACGAGCCUACUCUCAUAAAGGAGCUUGUUGCUGAAAAGGCGCCUCAGUUUGCAAACUUUGCUCAGCAGGAUGCUCACGAGUUUUUAAGUUUCUUACUCGAUGGCCUCCAUGAGGACCUUAAUCGAGUUGAAUCAAAGCCUUACACGACUACUGUUGAAGCAGCGGGCAAACAGGAUGACGAGGUCUCUGAGGAGGCUUGGAAAAACCAUUUGCUGCGAAAUGAUUCAAUUUUUGUCGACCUUUUCCACGGACAACUGAAGUCUCGACUAGAGUGUCCUAAAUGUGGAAAGGUUUCGGUGACUUUUGAUCCUUUUGUGUACUUAGCCGUACCAUUUCCAAAGGAGAAGCGUACGUCUGUUGUUUUUUACUGGCCUGCUGAUGUGCUUUCGAGCCCCUUUAAGUUAACUGUGCGGUUCAACGUAGAUGGUACUGCAUCAGAAAUGUUGGCUGCAGUAAGCAGUCUCGUCAAAGUACGUGAAAAUCUGUUGCUGAAACUGCGCUUGGUUAAAGUCGGUGAUCAGUGUAUUAAAAAGAUCUAUGAGCCGAAUGAAAAUAUUGAUGAUGGUGAUUCGUCAACUGCCCUUUAUGUGGUACUUUAUGUAUUAGGGUUUGAGCUUCUGGACCCUGCGAAAUAUGGAGGUGAAAUUGUCGAAAUUCGUGUUGUUCAGAAGUACCGAAAUACACCAGAAGGAACUUUUAGUAGGUAUCCCAUGAAAGAUGCGAUGCCACCUUUUGGGGAGAGCCACGAUGCGUUUGGUCGUGAAAAAGGGUUUGAACAUGAAGAUAAUUCGAGGUAUAUGCAGCAUUGCGGGAAAAGACCUUCAUUGGAGAACGUAGGUCUUCCGUUUGUCAUUUCUGUACCAAGAUCGAAGGCGACUUUAUCGAGCUUACGAAGUGAUUUGAAAUCUCGGCUCAGGUACAACUAUAUGACCCAGCAUUCUGUAAGUUUUCCUAAAACUUCUGCAGAAAGUCCAACACACCAUUGUGAUACUAGGACUGAUACAGAAGACAGCAACGGAAACAUGGAAGCCCGAAGUAACUCAAAAAAUGCUUCUUUGGAUCAGGAUCCUGUCCAAUCAUCUAAUGGAAAUAUGCGUUCCGACGUUAAUUGUGGAAGUAAGGAAUUGUCAACUUCUUGCACUGAACGUCGAGAUGAGAUUGACGAUGACCAAUUGUUUUCAAUACGGAAGAUGAAGGAGGUGGACAGCCUAGAUGGAACUCCUCUUGAUGACUCAGAGCCCCUCGAUCCUGUAACAAACCUUUUAAUAAAUUGGAAUAAUUUGGAUGGAGGAAACUCGAAAAUUGAAUUUAAGAAAGAAUUGGAGAUUGAUAAGAGGCGUACGGACUUUUACAAGGAGCGUCUCUCCGAUCAUGGGUUCAAUGGUUCUGCUUUAAAUCCUACUCUUUACGACAUGCUCUUUGUGUUUUCAGAAACAGAAAGGCUUAAGUCCGAAGAGUCUUGGCAAGCUUUGUUUCUGGUUGUGGUUCAUAGUUUAGGGUACUGCAACAAGUGUAAGAAGCAUGUUGAAGCUACGAAGAAACUUACGCUUUACCGUUUACCGCCAAUUCUCAUCGUCCAACUGAAGAGGUUUGUGUAUACCAGUUCCGUGUAUUCUUUGCACCGUAGGUCGAAAGACGAAAGACGUGUAACAUAUCCAAUUAAAGACUUGGAUCUGAGGAAUUUCCUGUGUGAAACCGCUCCGAAAGAUCAGGGAGGAGUAAUUCUCCGUUCUCGUUUGAAGUUAUUAAGAGAUCAUAGUUUACCUCACCUUCGGUUUUCAUUUAAUGAAAUUGAGCAGUUAUAUUGCGCAUUAGUGGAAUUAGAAGUGAAGAGAAUAUUAUUUUUGUGUAGUACAAAACUCAUUGUCUGCAAUGAAGCCUACCAUUUCCAGAAUACAAAGUAUGAUUUGACUGGUGUCGUUUGUCACUCAGGAAGCAGUUAUUUUGGCCACUAUGUUUCUAUCGGAAGGUUGGCGAGUUUAGACGGGAGAUCUACGGAAAUUGAAUUUAAUAUGCACGGAUUACGUUUAAGAUGGGUAAUUGUAGACUGGCGUGUUUUUGACGACUCUAUGGUCACGAAGACGCAGAGCACGCGAGUGCAAAGCGACGACGCCUAUUUACUUUUUUACAAGCAGCAAGGAGAUAGAACAGAAAAAGUGCUUCGAAAAUACGGAUAUGUUAAAAGUCCCGAGACAUCCAUGCACUCGCAAGCUGGUUUUACGAAAUGA